UUUACUAUUCCGAAUAUUUCAUCCAACCAGAUUAAUACCACCCCCUCUAGAGUCUGAUUCAUCUCAAAUUUUCGUCCUCCCUGUCACUAAUUUUAGGGAAAGAGGAAUACCUAGUCAAUUGUACAACUGAAAUGUGUCUUCCGCAUUUAACCCAACCCCUCUGAAUCGGAGAGGUGCGGGGGAUGCCCUAAUCGAAAUCCACGUCUUCUGCGUACGGGGAACAGUGGGUUAACUUCCGUGCUCAGUGGCAGUCAGCUCGGGGAUUCGAACCCGCAACCUUUCGGUUACUGGCCCAACGCUACCUGACCGUAUUGUAUUGAGCCUUCUGUGGCAAAAUUAUUAUAUAAAUCAUAUUUGAUUGACUGUACAUAGUAGAAGGCACGUGAAUGAGAGCCUCGUUAGCAUUUAGCACAAAGACAAUGGGUUUGUCGACGUUGCAGCCGACUCCGGACUGACUGAGCUACAAAUCACCAUGCAUCUUUAAUAACUACUCAUUGUUAUUUGUAGAUCAGUCAGUCAGUCACCAUUUACUCAUAAUGCAUCAUGGAUUUGAUGCUCCCGAACACGGCCAAUAUAAGUAUACAUACAGGUGAAAACAAGACCAGGUUAUGUUGUUGUGGGGACCAAAAUAUUACAAAAUUGGUACAAAUUCAGUGAACAUAAUGUACGGUCUUUAAUUCAGUGCUUUAAAAAAACAUAUUACAUAGUAAGGUUUGAUAGUUUCUCUUGGUCAACAUGUAUGCAUUUCAUCAUCAACAACACCAGUGUCACACCCCCGUUUUUAUUGGGCGCUCAGCAAUAUUUAGGCAGUAGGAAUGUUCAUCCCUUAAUAAAGGCCUGGACAAUAGGGGGGCUCUGCCGUAACUGCUGCUGGCGGGCUGGUCAGGUGCAAUGCCGUCAAAACAUCAGCUUUACCCAACACAGGGUCACAUUAUUUCACAGACAAACAGACGCGACCUCCACUAUAUGACAACGCCACUCCAUCCACAGGGACUAAACCAACAGCAGACCUUGAGCAAGGCACAUCGCAGAUAAUACAGUAGCAAAGAAGACAUAGAGAUUAUAGUGUACUUUUGGAGCUGCAUUCAGUAAUUGGACCUAUACCAACUAUUGUUAUCAGUUGAAUUGGAUCUCUUUUGGUCAGACCACAUGAACAUGAUUGGGAAAACUCUUUUGCUAGUCUGCCUGGCUGUCUUCUUUUCUGCGGUAGACGCAGCAGACCAGUCCAGACUCUACAGGAGGCCAUCUUGUGGGGAUAUGAGCAAAUCCCAGGCAUGCCCGCUCAACUACUCCCCAGUGUGCGGUAAUGAUGGAAACACUUAUCCCAACGAGUGUUCUCUGUGUGUUCACCGGCUGGAAACCAAUGCAGACAUCUUGAUAGUGAAAGACGGAAGUUGCUGAAGAGUAGCCUACUCAAGUACAGAUGAUUCCGCUGUGAAUGUGAUAUUAUCAUCACAUUUAUCUUUGAUUCUUUCUGUGAUUGUAGAAGUAGUUUUUUAUGGAACACUCAUGCACAGUACACACACAAUCAUUUAUAAUCAUAUUGAUUUGUAUUCAAUCUUAACACUAUCUUUGUAAAGAAUAAAACGAUUUCAGUCCCAGCUCCUGUGGAAUCUUUUAUCAUUAAAGGUCCAGAUGCUCA